GCAGGGCGUGCAAUUUUCAGAAUCAAAUCCAGGGCGUCCUUCGGUGAUCUGAUUCCUAUCAUCGCGUCAUCACUGGUCUGGACCCAACCAGACUCGUCUGUAUAAAUCACGGGCUCUGAGAAGGAAACAUGCCCUGCACUAUUCGUCACCAAGACACCUAAGCCGCGAUAUAUGCGCACCUUUUGGAAGUCACAUUACUAGACACUAGAACAGACACUAAUUAGUCAACAUGGGUAUCACUACGGAGACCGCGACAAUCCCGACAGUCGACAUCGGGCCCAUCCUCGACCCCAAAUCAACCAAAGAAGCCCGUCGCACGGUUGUUGAGGCCUUGUCCAAUGCCUGUCAUGUGUACGGAUUCUUCAACCUGGUUGGACAUGGGAUUCCCAAAGAGUCGCUUCAGGAGGCCUUUGAGGUCAACAAGAUGUUCUUCGCCCUUCCCGAAGACAAGAAGAUGGAGGUGGCAAUCUCUAAGUCCGUCGGCCGGUCUUUCCGGGGCUAUGAGCCUGCCGGAAUCCAGACGCACCAUAAGGGCCUUCUACCUGACACCAAGGAGACCUUCAUGGUCGGCCGCGAAGUGCCCCUCGAUGACCCAGACUGCGGAUCCUUCUCAACAGGCCCGAACCUCUGGCCUUCAUGUCUGCCCAAAGAGAAAUUCCAGGACAGGGUCAUGGAGUACCAGGCAAAAAUGCUCGACCUUGUGAGAAUCAUACUCGACAUCCUGGCCCAAGGCCUUCCUUCGGAAUGGGGAUGCCCGCCCACCGUCUUCGACACCCUUCUUGAGGAGCCGUCGAUCCCCAUGCGAUUCCUGCACUACGGCCCCGUACCGUCCCAGGACGCUCGUCAGUUCGGUGUCGCCGACCACACCGACUUCGGAUGCGUCUCUAUCCUCCUUCAGGAGCCCGGAACGACGGGGCUCGAGGUAUACUACCCGCCUGCUGACCAAUGGGUGCCCGUUCCCGUGCUAGACGAUGGCUUCGUCAUCAACAUGGGCGACAUGAUGCAGAAAUACACCGGUGGUUACUACCGCAGCGCCCGCCACCGCGUUCUGACCAACAAGGAGAAGCAUCGACACAGCAUCGCAUUCUUCCUUAAUGGAAACCUGAAGCUCAAUGCCAAGGCGCUCGACGGAUCUGGGGUCGAGACGGUGGUGGGUGACCAUAUACGCGGCCGCCUCAUUGAUACUAUGGGCGAGACGGGCAAGUUACUCAAGCGUGAGGUUGCACCUGUUUCGACAUGAGAUGUGCCCAUAGCCUCGAUUUAUGUUCAUCUACGAAAUAAAAUAGAUCACACAAUUCCACUGUCACUCUCACUUUA